GAGUGUUUGUGGAGGCUGUCUGGAAAUAAUUACCCGUGUAUUGGACUCGUUCUCCGGGUAAAAUUCAGCAGCAGAAACAAACAGUUUCAAAACACUGACCACAUCCCCGUUAGGUGAGGAAGUGUUUGUGUUCCCAGGUCGACAAAGAAGUUGUUCUGAGGCCUGGAGGACAUUCUGCAAGGAGUCGAGGGCCAGACGGCUGAAAGGAGGGAGACAAAGAUGGCUUGUUCAGGAGGAGGAGGAGAGGCUUGAGAGGAAAUCAGGGGAGAAGGAGAGGGGGUUGCACAGGAGAGAGGGAAGAGUGGGGAAAGUAAGGGAGGAUGGGAGGAAAAGAGAGGAGGGAGGAGUGAGUUUCCAUCCCUCACCGCAGGAAAUCUGUGUUUGGUUUAAAUGCCAGCCGAAGUCUCUUUACAAGCUGCCCGUGAGUGUGAGCGUCAGGGAAAUACAGCAGCAUGGUCAGCCGGUGAGUUACCUUUCUUUUCUCUCACUCUGAUUAGAAAGUUUGUUUUCCUUUUCUUAAAAUAAGGUGUGAUGGUAAGUUUGAACAAGAUAUUUUAAGUUCCUUCUUUAAAAUGGGUGGAAAUUUGAAUGGGGUUUGGUCUGUUGGAUCAAAACAUCAUAUUAAAACCACACUUAGAUUCCUUCAAAUAGUUAUGCUGAUUAUAAAUUUUGAAGAUCUCCCUUUAAAGUAAGAAUCAGGCUUAACUGCACAGGAUCAAGAUGUUUGGUAGGUGUCAGAAAAGACAAAGACACCAGUGAGGAGGUUUUAUAGUUUGGAGUUGGCAAAACAACUUCACCACGUGGUCCUUUUGGUCACUUUCCUGCAGUUUUUGACAGUUUUGCACAAACUUCUUGAGCAGAUGGAUGGAUGCCUGCUCCAAACUGUUAACAUUCCCAAAUUUUCCAAGCUUGAACUUUAGAUUUUAUCCUUCAAUCCUAUUACAAUCAUUCAACUCAAACUGCUGUUACAAUUAAACAUACAACAGCUACUAAAUUAACCUUUUUUGAUUGUAAGAUCAAGACAAAGCAAACUCUAUCAUCAGUAUUCAAGAUUUAUGCAGAACAAUAAGAAAGUUAUUUCAUAACUCCGAUGUAAACUGUGUCUUAACUCUGUUUUGUUUUUUUCCCUCCAGUGUGGAGCAUCCUGCCGCAGGCUACAAGAAGAUCUUUGAGACGGUGGAGGAGCUGAAUGAGCCCAUACCUGCUCGGAUCACAGGUAAGGAGGAGAAGAGGUGACUUUUUUAAAGUCAAGUAUCACAGAGCAAAGUUAGUGUUUGAUUAAAAGUUCAUUGUUCAUUUAUUCCGUCAGGCUUGAAGUUUGGGGUUAGCAGCAGCAUAAAAUCAUGAUUUAUAUAACAGAGAAGAGGAGUAUCUAUCAGGCAGGAUUUUGAAAUCUUAAAGAUUACUGACAAAUAGUAAAAAACAAAUCAAUAGUAGUUCAAAACUGGCAGGAGCAGUUUGUUGUAGUUCAGAAAAUGGGAAAAAUGAGAGGAAAUUUAAUUGUAAACAUCAGAAAGCACAGAUGACUUGAAACCAGAGAUGUUUUUCUGUGGUUGGAUUCUUUUUACAGAGAGAUUUUAAGAGUUUUAAAGGGUUUCUGUUGCAGUUUAAACAGAAUAAUUUGACUUUACGAAACAGGCAGGCAGGGAGGAUUUAUUCUUGAUGCAGAAGUUUCAUUAAAAACUUGAUUUUUCAUCCUCACAUUGGUUGUCAUGUAACUGUAACUGGACAGACCAUUUAUUCCUGACUGUUUCUGUUUUAAAUAGCAGGUGAUAUAAAAGCAAAAACAAGAGUUUCCUUCCCCAGGCUCCUGUCCAGAGUUGGAGUUUGUUAAAACAGUGAAAUAUUCGUCUCUGAUUCUCUGAAAAACAUUAAAAACCAACUUAAACACAUUUAGUGAUAGGUAAGGUUUAACAACUGAACAGAAAGACCUCUCAGCUCGCAUAACGAUCAAAUAUAGUCUUUCCAGCAGCUGUUGAAUCCAAAUGUUUAUGUUAACAUCAAAAAACACUUGAAAAACAAUAAAACUAUUUAAAAAGUAAGAGUCGAUGAUGUAGCAGAAUAUGUUCAGACCUCUGGGAAGGAAAAGGCCCUAAAAAGAAAACUAAUGUUCAGCCAAUAUGUAGAGGCAGAGCGUCAGAUAUUUGGAGCUGCAGCUGGAAAGGUUUGGUCCUCCCUGAGCUCCGACCAAAACCCGGGUCCGCAGAUCUGGGUGUCCUUUAUAAAAGAGGAGGUCUGAGAGAUAAGUAGAUAAGAUGUGCUCAUGAUUAUGUCCACCAGAGGAAGACAAGGUUCCAUGUUUGCUCUUGUUUUGCUUGAUUAUUAGUUUUGGAUGACACAAGGCUGAAAAGGAGCGGAUACUCCAGCCAGGUCCAGUCCUCAGAUAAGAAAGCUCUCUGUCACUCACAUCCUGCAUGUUCGUGUGUUCGCAGGUAGGAUACCGUCAUGGCUGGGCGGCAGUCUUCUCAGGAUGGGUCCUGGACUCUUCGAAAUCGGAGACGAACCUUUCCACCACCUGUUUGACGGACAGGCUCUCAUUCACAAGUUUGACCUGAAGGACGGUCGUGUGACCUACUACAGGAAGUAAGGACAUGACAUUUCUUGGUUUUUAGGGCGAUCCAAUUUUCUUUUUUACUCUUCGUCCUCUUCUGGGAAACAUUUAACCUUCUGCCUGACUGUUCCUUGAGAUUUUGGCGAGGUGUGUGUGCUCAGGAAUUUGAAGGGAGUUUUUGCAUCGUUGGAAAUUUUCAUACUUUUUUUCUGCCAAAGAUAAAAAAUACCACGCACCUUUUUCUUUAUCGUUUUUAUCAGUUUGGUGCAGAUCCAAAUCCUGAUACAGACAUUUCACCACAUCUGAUUCCUGUUACUCAACUGUAGAAAACAGCUGACGGUGAAUUCAUCCAAACUGAAAUGUUGCAACAGCAGAAAUAAAACACAAUACUUGAAUACAGACACACACAGACACACAGCAGCUACAAACCGCAAAAAUCCCUCAAACUGCUGAAGAGGUGUUUUGUUUAUGCAGCACAGUCAGGAGGAUGUUUUAUAGAUGUCAUAUUCACCUCCACAGUUUGAUUACUCUGAUUUAUUUGCUGCUCUAACGUUGACGUCUCUGCUCAGGUUCAUCAAGACGGAUGCUUACGUUCGAGCCAUGACGGAGAACAGAGUCGUCAUCACCGAGUUUGGGACGGCAGCUUAUCCAGACCCCUGCAAAAACAUCUUCUCCAGGUGAAAAUGAUGAAACCUCACAAAGACACAUUUUACCCUCUCAGCCAUAAAGUCCAAUAUCAUCCUCUCAUGGACCUUUACUGCAAAUGAGCAUUUUUACAAACACUCAGUACAGUGCAUCAGGGGUUUGUGCAUGGUUACGAGUUACUCUAUAUCCAUGUUAAAUUAACAAAUACCCAAAUUGCGUGAAACAAAUGUAAUAAAUCUAAAGCUUUCCAACUUGUGUAUAUUCCCUUUUAUGGAAACCCUUCAUGGAAAGUGUAUUAUUGCAUUAUUUUAAUUUUAUUUGUAGGUUUUAAAUCUUUAAAGCUCCAAUAAGGAGUUUUUUCACAUCCAUGAAAUUCACACUGAAACUUUUUAUUGAUAUUCAGAAUCAAACAAAGUCAUCAGCAACACGAUUCCUGAUUUUUAAAUAGUAAUUUCUAAUGUCUGAAACUGGUGUGAGGGGGUCAGUGUCGGCCAAGCAGCUGUUUUUACCUUUUCACAGUCAAAAGUCAACAGGACGACCUUAGACAUCUGAACACAGGGGGCGCCAACACUGACACAAAGUCCUCACAGGAGCUUUAAAUAUAAACUUAGCACGUCAGUAACUUCAUCGUUUGUUCCAGAAACGGAAAUCUCCUUCAAUAAUGUAUCGAAAACUUAAAUUUAUUUGAUUAUUCCCCAAAACGAGAACAUUAAUUUACAGAUCGUUCACUCCAUUUUCCCAAAAUGUAUCUAGAUAUCUCACAAGAAAAGUGUUGAGAGGAUAUUUUGCAGAUCUAAACACUCGGCUUCACCUUGGUCUCUGAUCUGCUAAAUGAAAAUUUGAUGAAGGUUUUUCACCAUCUAGACUGUGUGUGUUUUAUUUACUCUUAAACUGCUUAAUAACAGUGUAAUAGACUGAGAUGUUUUGAGUUUAUAGUGACGAAAAAGUACAAUAAAACUCUAGAAGGCCAAGAAAGCCAAAUUAAUUAUUAUGUAAAUUAUUAUCUUGGAUCAUGUUUUAUUUUAAGGCAUUUUUCUGAAGAUGCAUGUUAAAGUGAAUUCUCUCGAUUUAAACCCUAAACUGAAAAAUUCAAGUGUAAACCUGAAAAAGGAGCAUCUUAAAAUAUCCGCGCACCAUGUUAAAUAUCUGACGUCUGUCUGCCUUUCUGGUGAAAGAUUAUCCUUAAUGUCUAAUCCUGAGGACUAAAAGCCUCUGUGUAAUAUUAUACAGACAAACAUUUGGGUAAUUUGGCCUUAUGGCAAACUAAUUUAUGACAAGUUAUGCAAGUGAGAUGAGAAAUCCUCAUACCGUCUGUGUCAGCUCUGAAAACUGCUGGUGUGGUUCUCCGCUUCGAUUCAGAAAUGUGAGCCAUAAAAAGCACCUGUGGUACAUCUGUGGGUGGAGACGACUCAGGAGUUAUUUUACGCUGAAGAGGUUCAUCUGCCUGAGAGAGAGAGCAGCUGGUUUUUAAUGUACCCAGAGGGUGUUCGAGUUCAUUUAAGGUUUAAAAAACUACUCCUCUGUUGUCACCGCCACAUUUUUAACUCUAAGAAAGUGAAAACUGUUACACCGCAACUCAGGAAGACACCGACUCAGAGGGGGAUUGGACUAAUUUACUGAUAAAAGACUAUUUUACAGUUUUAGUUUCAUUUAUACAGUCCCAGCAAAAGCUGAAAUAUAUGUUACCCUGCAUGUAUUUUCACUUACUUCUGCAAGGAUGUCUAAAGUUGCAACACAAAUCAACUUUUGCAAUAAGGGGUUUGACUCAGAAUCUUUUAUGGUCACUUUUGGAUUUUAAGACCCAUGACUAGAGACCUGACAUGGACUCAUCUAUAUCAAUGCAAGACAGUUCUAAUGCUGAAAUGAUUCUUCUUCUACUUACUGCACUAUGUUGAAAAACAGGCUGAUCAUCAGCUCUGCUCCUGUCUCUGCAGAUUCUUUACUUACUUCAGAGGAAUGGAGGUGACUGAUAACUGCUUAGUGAACCUCUAUCCAAUCGGUGAAGACUUCUACGCUGUCACGGAAACCAACUACAUCACCAAGGUGGAUCCUGAUUCGCUGGAGACUUUAGGGAAGGUGAGAACUUAUUGGCUGAAUAUAUAAUGGAGAAUAUUUUGGGUUAUCUUGAUUAAUUCUUGGGUUUGUCUUCUUGUAUUUUUCAGGUGGAUCUGUGUAAGUACCUCUCAGUGAACGGGGUGACGGCUCACCCCCACAAAGACCAAGAUGGUACGGUCUAUAACAUUGGGAACUGCUUUGGGAAGAAUAUGAGUUUGGCUUAUAACAUCGUCAAAAUCCCCCCAGCUGAGGAAGGUGAAAUUAAAUCCUUAUUUAAAACAUCCAAAAGUUAAAUCAUACGAAGCUUUUCUUUUCUUUCUUUAAGAUGGUUAUUUUUCAACGAAUCAAACUUAACUUCAACGCCAAUCCUAAAGUUGCAAAUAAUUAUUGUCCAAAGGUGAGUCAAAUCCUCUGGAGAAAUCUCAGGUGGUGGUUCAGCUUCCCAGCAGUGAGAGGUUAAAACCCUCCUACAUCCACAGGUACAAAGUCUCUUCUGUUUCUCACCAUGAGCACAUCGUACCAUGACUUUGAGCUUCAUGCCUCUUUUUUCCUCUCUGUUUAUCUGUUUGUAGUUUUGGUAUGACAAAAAACUACUUUGUGUUUGUGGAGCCGCCUGUGAAGAUCAAUCUGCUCAAGUUCCUCUCAGCCUGGAGCGUCAGAGGAGCCACAUACAUGGACUGCUUUGAAUCCAAUGAGACCAUGGGGGUGAGUCAGGCUGGGUUAGAUGCUCAUCCACACCAACUAGACUCAGAGGGUGAUAGGAAGCUGACGUUAAAUCAUAUUUAUGUCACAGUACCAUUGUCUUCUUUAAAUUCAUUUACUCUUCAUAAAAAAAUCUCAGGUUGUUGUUUACCGCUCGUUUAUUAGGUGUAUUUGUGUGUUUGUGUUUUAUAGACUUGGUUCCAUCUGGCCACCAAAGACCCUGCAAAUCAUCUGAACAACCACAAGUUCAGAACGUCGGCCUUCAACGUUUUCCACCACAUCAACACGUACGAAGAGGAGGAGGGAUUCAUCGUGGUCGACCUCUGCACCUGGAAAGGGUGAGUAUGACCCUGAGUGUGUGUGUGUCUGUGUGCGUGUGUCACAGUCUCAUCCCUCCUUCUGUCUCCACAGUCACGACUUUGUGUAUAACUACCUGUACCUGGCCAACCUGAAGGGGGACUGGGAGGAGGUGAAGAAGGCAGCGAUGAGAGCUCCUCAGCCCGAGGUCAGGAGAUACGUUCUGCCGCUGGAUAUACACAAGGUGAGCUGAAUAUGAGGUAUGAGGUCAAAUGUAUGAAUGUGUUUACAUAAUGAGUAACGGUGAAACUGCAGAGUGACUUUGGCGGCUAAACGAAGAUGCUUCAGUAUUUUACUCUCUGGUUUUAAUUCUGUUUUUUAUGUUUUUCCGUAUUUUCAGGAGGAGCAGGGGAAGAAUCUGGUGUCUCUGCCUUACACCACAGCGACUGCUGUUCUCCGUAGUGAUGGAACCAUCUGGCUGGAACCUGAAGUCCUCUUUUCUGGACCCAGACAGGGUGAAAACAAAAAAACUAUACACAAGGGUUAAGAUAAAGUGAGACCAAGAAUAUUUUACCACAGAAAUCUUGGUCAAGUGUAUCUUAUACCAUAUUCUAUCAUGUUCUUUUUAAUUUUCUAUCAUAUUAUAUCAAAACAUUACAUAGUGCAUCAUGUUAUAUUGAAUUGUAUCAUAUCAGAUCAUAAUGUUACGUGCUCUACAGUGACCUAAUGUGACGUCAUCUAACUCAACAAAAUUUAUAUUUGUAUCUUCUAAUAUUGUAUCUUAUCGUAUCAUUACCUACCAUGUCAUUUUAUACUUUAUUUAUUAUAACAAAACAUAUCGUAACAAAACUCGUAGUAUCACAUCUCACAUGUUGUAUUGUAUCAUAUCAGACCUGGUCAUAGCGUUGCUUAAUGUAUUGCACUCUGACGUACUGUUAAGUCUUGUUGAAGUCUUUAAACACAACGUAACAUAUGUUAUCACAUUAUUUUGUAUUGUAUCUUAUCGUAUCAUUUGUUUAGUUUGUUUUUAUAUCCUACUGUGUCAUUUUGUAACACUAUUUCAGGUAAUGUAACAUAAUUAGGGCUGUCAAACGAUUAAUCUUUUUAAUCGCGAUUAAUCGCAGAAUCUUCAUAGUUAACUGUGUUUAAUCGUGGUUUGAAUUGCAUGUUUAAAACUCUGUUAUUUUGCAUUUUAAGGCAGUUUUAAGCCCAUAAUGAAAAGUAUUUCUUACCAGAGUCUUAACUGGGAAUCAAAUGAACACAAAGAAAGAAUUUCCUUUUUGACCUUUUUGUAUUCUUUCAAAAAAGUGCCAUGUAGACCAACUUAAUGUUUCUCUCUCUCUCUCUCUCUCUCUCUCUCUCUCUUUCUCUCUCUUUUCCUGUUUUUCAGCCUUUGAGUUUCCACAGAUUAACUACUCUCUGUGCAACGGGGAGAAGUACUCCUUUACUUACGGCCUCGGACUGAACCACUUCAUCCCUGACAGGGUGAGGGAGUAUUUUUUAGUCCUCAGACAUGCGUUCGGUCUUCUUAUUGUCACUGAUGUCGUCCCUGUUGUUGGUUUUCUAACUCACAGAUAGUGAAGCUGAACGUUCAGACCAAGCAGACCUGGGUUUGGCAGGAGGAGGAGUGCUACCCUUCAGAGCCGCUGUUUGUACCCAGACCUGGAGCAACAAGGGAGGACGAUGGUACCGCAUUCUUUUACUUAGACUUGGACAGACUUAGAAGGUGUUUCCUGAUCAAAAAGCACACUCACUUUAUGUCUCCGUGUUUCAGGUGUGCUGCUGAGUAUCGUGGUGAAGCCGGGUGCAGAGAGACCCAGCUUCCUGCUGGUGCUGGACGCCAUGAGACUGACAGAGCUGGCCCGUGCGGACGUCGACGCCAUCAUCCCUGUGACCCUCCACGGACUGUACAAACCAUGAACCCUCAGAAAAUGGACUCCAAAUAAAAGUUUUCUGAACACAGAACCACGGCAGAACUUUUUAUUAUACGCAAAAUAAUCAUGUAUGUCAGCCGUUGUUGUUUUUGAGGGAUCCAAGAGGGAGGAUUUGUUCUUCAGGGUCUUAAAGCAUUAUAAAAAAUAAAAAACAAUACUCGUUUAUCAAACACAUUUAGCACAUUUAUCCUGCUGAACUUCUUUUGGCUUUGCAGUGCUUCUCAGGGUCACUGGAAAGAUAAGGAAUUUAUAAUAUUGUUUGCAGAAGAAGUUAUUUACAAUAAUGAGCAUUUAAUCAUUUACUAUUUCAAAGUCUGAGAGUUCAAAUAUCCGACUUUUUGAUGACUUUGAUUUCAAAAAAAGAUGUUACUGUAUCAAGCUUCAUCAUUCCUUGUGGCUCAUGAAUAAAAAUGAGUCUCAAACAUU